UUUUUGACAAGAUUAUAUAAUGGUAGAAAGACGGAACAAACAAGAGCUGAAUCUGGUGUCAGGUGAUUGUCAAGGUCAAAGAGUCUUGAGGAAGGCUUUGCUUACUAAUGACAAAGUAGUGUUAGCCAAACCCCAUCCAUUUAAUUAACAAAGCUUCGAGCAUUUUCUUUUAUAAGAAUUCGCUGAUUUAUCAAUUCAUUUAGCGUCUUUCCAUUUGAUUAUCUGGCGUACCUAACAUCACGUUUAUGCCCAUUGAUAUAAAUGUAUCCACUUUGGUUAAUUACACAAUGUGACAAUUUUGUUUUUCUCUGGUCCCAAAUAAAUGAAAAAAAAAAAAAAAAUGUAUCAAAUAGUCAGAAGUUGGGUUUGCAAACAUUCCAGGCAUCAAUUAUUUAGUUGCUAUCAAACUGUCCACUUGACUUAUCCACUCAAUCAAGGUGCAAUUGCAUCAAAAGGAGAACCCAUUGUUUUCAAAGACUGUACAUUUCUUCUCCACUGAAAUCCAAACAUUUUUGGAACUAAAAGGAAAGGACACUUGUUUUUUUCAAAUUGAAACCUACGUUCUAUAUUUAAUUCCAGUCAGGCUUUGACUUCCAGACUCUGGUGGAUUUUCUGUUGAGUGUGAUAAAGAUUAAAAUUCUUAAAACAAAUAUUGAAGAGCCUUAUACGUUUUCGCACCCUGAAUUAAGAGGAAGUUGUGCUUCCAAACGUUUUUAGGAUGGCAUCAAGAGACUGUCGGCCCUUCACUAUUGUUGUGAGCACUGUAAGAAGACGCUGGAAGGGUGGCUACGAGGUGGAAAAAAGAUCCCUGAAAUAUUCCAAUCCAAGGGUCUGGUUGGAGCCAACAGACCACUCCACAAACUGUUUUUUCUGCAUGGUGGAUGUCAGCAGGAGGCGGAAAGGAAAGACUGUAGCUGGUGUAGAUUAUCCAGAUCUUCCAUCAUCAAUUGCUCCAAUUCCUCACUGCUCCAAAGUCCAAGACAAGUAUUCUGAUGAUGAUGAGGAGAGGGAUGUUGAGGACUUGGAAUACCUGCAUGAGGUACCAGAAAAAGUUCCCCACUUUCCAAAGCAAAAUGAAGUGAAUGGCCUGAUCAGGGAUAUGGGUCUGACCAUGUCCAAUGCAGAGCUAUUCAUUUCAAGGAUGAAGCAGUAGAAUUUAGUCAAGGAGGAUGUACAGGUGACAAGUCAGAGAACUCGACACAAACCUUUCUCAGGCUUUUAUACGCUUAGAGAUGGCCUUUGCUUCUGCCAUGACGUGCCUGGACUAUUUGACAUUACUGGGGUGCCGAUUGUGCCCAAGGAGUGGCGACUAUUUAUAAACAACUCCACCACAAGUUUGAAGGCUGUCCUUCUCCACAAUGGAAAGAAGUUCCCGACGCUGCCCCUAGUCUAUUUAGUCGUCCCGAAGGAAGAUUACCACAGUGUGAAAGUCGUCUUGGAAGUUCUGCAGUAUAACCAGUAAAAUUGGGAAAUCAUUGGAGGCUUCAAGAUGGUGGCUUUCUUGCUUGGACUCCAAGUAGGCUUUAUCAAGUUUCAUUGCUUCCUCUGCCUUUGAGAUAGCAGGACCACCUCUGAGCACUACAAACGAUACCACCAGUUGCGUAGACGCCCUUCACUAAAGGGAUAGCUGCCCUGGUCACCCCCUUGACUGGGCCCGUCUUCAAAUCGCCCAAGAGGAUGCUGUAUCUGAAGGUGGUAGCAGUGGAAUAAACGUGGCGUCCUCGUAGGGGGUUUGGUAGCUUGCACUAGUUUGAAAGUUAUAAAUGGACCAGCUCAUGUCGAGUUUAAGAAAGGAGUCGCGAACAUAAGAAGGUUCGA